UAAAAGAAGAAGAAGCAGGGAAAAGUGACGACAACCAAAAAGAAGUCCGAGUAAAAAGGAAAGAGAGAAAAAAAACCAACUUGUAAUUAAAGUCACAAGUUAUCAUGUGUACUUUGUAUAAAAGGAGGGAUAUGUCCUUAUGACAGUGCUGCUCUGUUGCUGUCUGAUUUCAUCCAGUGCUGUGCACUCUCCCUCUGACUGCUUUUUGCGCAUUAAACUGUAACUAAACUGUAAAGUCAACUUUAACACCGUGGCGACUUUGUUUUAACGUUUUUACUCAAAUCCAUAUGGGAAUCUUAACCGUUAAGAUAAGUCGACUUAACAACAUUACAGGCCGCUUAAAAUUUAAAAUGUAUUAGGAGUAUUCAGACAGCAUGGCAGACAGAAGAACUUACAACGUUGUGAUUUUAGGUUUGGGAUUUUUGUUAAUUUUCACCGCCUUCACCACCUGUGGGAACGUUGAACAAACUGUGGUGAAAAGUCUGACAAAUUCUACUUUCAGCGGGAGUGGAUACCACAGUCUUGGGAUCAUCUAUGGAGUCUUUUCAUUCUCCAACCUGCUUGCACCAUCGCUUGUUACAGUAAUUGGAGCCAAACUGACCAUGUUUUUGAGUGGUCUACUUUACAGUGGUUACAUUGCGGUCUUCAUCAUCCCCUCCACGUGGUCUUUUUACCUGACCUCUGUACUCAUUGGCAUAGGAGCAGCCAUGCUUUGGACGGCUCAAGGACACUUUCUAGUGGAAAACUCAGAAGCUUCCACCAUCAACAGGAACACCGGGAUGUUCUGGGCUCUCUUGCAGUGCAGCAUGGUGUUUGGCAAUCUUUACAUCUAUUUGGACUGGAACGGAAAGACAGAAAUAUCAGACAUCAGCAGGAGAAAUAUUUUUCUGUUCCUGCUGGUCGCUUCUGUCCUCGGCACACUCAGCUUCCUGGUGUUGAGAACGAGCCAUCGUGAAGAAGAGAUGCUCUCUGAAGAGGAGGGGCAGGCGUUGCUCUCAACCCGCAUGAUGUACAAGAACAGAGCAAAUACUGCUUUGCAGGAUACCAAGUCAGAAUUCAAAACCAUGGUGCAGCUGCUGAAGACUAAAACGAUAAUGCUCUUGAGUCCCUGCAUGGCAUACAGCGGCCUCGAGCUAUCUUUCUACAGCGGUGUGUAUGGAACAUGUAUUGGAGCAACUACACAUUUUGGAGAAGCUGCUAAAGGCUUGAUUGGGAUUUCUGGGAUUGUGGUAGGCAUAGGAGAAAUAGUAGGUGGGGGUUUCUUUGGAUUGCUGUGUAAGAACAGUCGCUUCAGACGAACCUCUGUGGUGUUUCUGGGAAUGGUUGUCCAUUUUAUUGCUUCCUAUUUGAUCUUCCUUAACAUCCCUGACGACGCCCCCGUCGUCUUUGAAACAACAACCCAAAAGAACCCAUAUUUGACUCCAAGUGUAUCCAUUGCCCUGCUGUGCAGCUUUUUGCUUGGACUUGGAGAUAGUUGCUUCAACACACAGCUCUACAGCAUACUCGGCCAUGUUUAUGCAGAGCAAAGCACGCCUGCUUUUGCCAUCUUCAAAUUCAUCCAGUCUGUUAGUGCAGCCGUGGCAUUCUUCUACAGUGGAUACCUCCUGCUCAUGUGGCAGCUCCUGCUAAUGGUCAUCUUUGGCUUCACUGGGACACUCUGCUUCUUCGUGGUGGAGAGAAUGCAGGACUUCUCUGUGGAUUCACAGGAAUAUUAGAAAGAAGACGUGUCCAUUUCAUCAUCGAUUGUUUUCCGGGACAGAUGCUUUUUUUGGGAGGAUGUGGGUUAGGGGAAAAAAAGAAGAA